AUGACAGCCCGCAUCCCCCAGCUGUAUGCGCCCCGCCCGCCAGCGGCCGCCUCGAGGCCAGUACCGCCGCCGACCGACGUGCCCGAGCCCGUCAACCCCUUUGCGUCGACCGAGGCGCUCGUGGCGCCGCGCUCCAACGCUGCGCCAUCAGCAGGCGGCGGCGGGCUCGCACCGCCCGUGACCGACGCCGAGCUGAACCGCAACUCUGCCAACCUGAGCUCUAUCGGGGACCUGUUCAUGGGCGGCGACUCUGACGACGAGGAGACAAUGGCGCCGCCGAAGAAGGCUGCAGGAAGGGCACGGUCCAACACGAUCGAGACAAAGUACGCGACCGUCGACCGCGCGGCGCUGCACGCCCGCGUGCGCAGCCUCGAAGGCUCGGUUGAAGACGGCGGGUCAGACUACGACGCGGACGACAAGAGCACGACCAUCAGCUCGGGCGCGCGUAUCUCGUUCAACGGCAGCUCGCACGCCCGAGCGCUCGUCCAGCCCAUGCGCAACAAGUCGAUUCUGCGCAAGGCCGGCGAGGAGCGCGAGCCGCAGCAGCAGCGCAACCAGGUGCAGUUCUCGGGCCAGUCGACGCCGCCGCCGCAACAGCAGAGGCAGCUGCAGCAGCAGGCGCCGUCGCCCCAGCAGCAGCAGCAGCAGCAGCAGCAGCAGUUCCAGCAGCCCUCGCCGCAGUCCUACCCGGCCAACAACCUCCCGGCAGGGCCACCGCGCCAGCCCGUCGUGAUCAACUUCCCCACGCCCAACAUUGCGUCCCCUCCGACACCGACGACGCCUACCCGCGGCGGCGGUAGCCCACAGCCGCAGCUGCACGCGCCGCGCCCGGAGCGGCCGACGGUGAAUGUGCACAUGCAGACGCCGAUCUCGCACCCGCCCAUCUCGCCGAUGCUCGCUGCGCCGCCACGCGCCGUCAUCUCGCCGCUGACGCCGCCCGCCAGUCCCGGAAUACAGGCGUUUGACCAGCUACGCGAGAAGCACGCGGCCUUCCGCGAGGGCGAAGACGAGGUGUUCACGCCGUUCUCGCCGCGCGCGCGCCAGGCCGGCCCGCGUGUCCGCGCGCCCCAGGCCAAGUCGGGCCUCGCGGCGCGCAUGUCCCGCCCGUUCACUAUGGGCCCUGUCGACUUCUGGAAGCGCUUCUCCACCGCUGGCCACCUUGCGCGCCACGAUAAGGAGUCCCAGUGGAUCUCGGACCACAAGCGGAGCAUCUUUAGAAACCCGUACUUUACGUUCCCGCUGAUUCUCUCCCUCCUCGCCGUCGGCGCAGUCAUCACCUUUGUCAUCAUCAAGCUCCACAACCAGCCCUCACUAGGACAAGGCCCAGUGCCCGCCCCAUCAGCCGCCACGUCCUAGAAACUACUCCUUUCGCAUCUGUCACCAUCGUCACCCCCGUCACCCACCCACCUCGUCACCCACCUCGCCCCGCCACGCCCCACGCCGCCAUGUUGUUCGUCCCAUUCAUCUCUCCACUGUUGAGCAGGCUCCUAGAUUCCACCCACACACCGCGCAUGUCUGGUACUUGCCUGCCCAUUGUCCCAUUGCUACUUUGCACACUGUCCAUGCC